AUGUCGUUACUGAAUCGCUUAUGUUCCUUGGUCCCGAGCCGCAUGACUUCUGCCAUGCCAGCUCGUUUAUCUGCUAUCUCGACUACAACUUUACGACCUAGCUUGCUCAACAGCUUGCCCUCAACAACUACCGGUGCUACACCAAUGGGCGCUGUCAACCCCUUUGCCUCAACACAAAUGCGUUUUGUCACGUACGGAAACACGUUCCAGCCUUCGAAUCUGGUCCGUAAGAGACGCCAUGGCUUCCUUUCUCGCAUGGCAACAAAGAACGGACGUCGUGUUGUUGCCAGGCGACGUGCCAAGGGUAGAAAGAACCUGUCCCAUUAA